GAGACCAUACUUCCUUUUUAUUCAAGAGUGGCAGCGGGAGUCUUGGAGCUCAGGUGGCCAGUAAUGACAACAAGCAACCGUGUUACAGUUCUUAAAGAUGUCGUUGCAUAUGUGGAUGUGUGGGCAUCUGACAAGAGAGCCAACUAUUCGAAACCUUUCAUUCAGCAGCUACAGGAAAUGGGCGCUCAGGUAUCAAAAACAUUCAAUAAACAAGUCACCCAUGUCGUAUUUAACAACGGUCAUCCUGCUGCAUGGAUAAAAGCCAAGAAGAGCAAUGUGAAGCUAGUCUCUGUACUUUGGAUAGGCAGAUGUUAUGAAGACGGAGUGCAUGUGGAUGAAGAGUUGUAUCCAGCCUCAAAUGAUGACAGUAAUCCUGUGCUAAAGAACAAGAAACAUCGUUGCAUGCAGCCCAGAGACUCUCCAGAGAGGACGCCAGAAAAUGACAGACGCAUGAAGAGGAAGUUGGAUAAGAUGAUGAAGGAUAUGGCUCCUAAGCAACCAUCAGUCACAGAUGUGUCGCCUAUCAUUAUUGAUGAAGUCAAUGGAAUUGUGUACAGCCCUUCGUGUAAAAGGGCAGAUUACAUGGCGGAGCGCCUGAAACGUAUGAAAGAGAAACAUGAAAGUAUUUCACCCACAGCCUCACAAAUGAUGGAAUCCUCUUCACUCUCUGGGCCGAAACCUUCGCUUGGGAACUCGCCAACUGUCUUCAAAUUUUUGUAUGAUAAUUCAGACGAUGAUUCCACUGCCUCUGUUGCUGAGCUCAGCCACUCUCCUGAUAAGGAAAAAGUCUGUGAAGAAAGUGACACGACUGAAGAUAAACAACAUGACAAAUACCUCACCAAAGACUUUGAAAAGCCUUGGCUGUCACCAUGCAGUGCCAUUUCAAAACCCACAUUCAUAAGCCCUUUAAAAUGUCUGGACUUUGAGGAAAAUGAGGUAGAAGGGACUUCACAAACAAACCAAAUGAGUUCUUCAAUUAGAAAAAAUCCAACAGGGAAAGCCAAGUCUGUGGGUGUGAUACAAGGCACUGUGGAGGAGGUGGCAUCUGCUGAUGGCAGGGAAGCUGGCAAAGACAAGUCGCAUACAAAAUCUUGCAGUCCUGUUGCUAAACCACUGGAACAAUCGGACGACAAGUCAGAAAAGGGAAGGCGAAAUAUUCAAGUGACAAAGCCUGUGAUAGAGACAAAGGCUAACUGUCCUGAUGAUGUGAACUCUUCAGGUUUCCUUUUGGCACCAACCAUUUUAGGACAUGACACUUUAUUUAAUGACCAUUCUUUAUUACAGAAAAGGCGGACACGAGGCAAAACCUCUCUCUCUGCUCUUAGUUUGUCCAGUGAAUCUCAAAAGGUUGCUUCCAGUUCCCCUGUGGUAAAGGAUGAUGUGUUUGAGGACUUCUUCUCCUCAACCAAUCACAAGAUACCCAAUAAGCCUCUCUUGCCCGUUAUGCCUGACAAGAGAGAUCUCCACAUUUCCUUUGAGAUGGAUUCUUUCCCCAAGAAAAGAAAACAAAGAAGAAGUAAAAGAGCUGCUACAGCAACUAACAACUCCAAGAAGAGGAAAGUGGAGGAAACGGGGGACAGGUGCAGUCAGCAGGCUGUUGCAAACACAGAGCGUAAAAGUCCUCCACAAAAGGAUGUCAAGGAGUCUCUGCCUGCAUUGGAUCCUUCGAAUGCCACACUGGCUACUAAACAAAGACGACAAAGCACUUUACCUUUUGUUAGAACCAGUGGAGGUGCAGCAAAAAGGUUGUCUGCCUCUGUUCAGCCGCCAAAGCUAAUGGAGGCGAAGACAUCCUUGGAGCUGCAGAAUCACUCUGAUUGUCAAUUAUCUCACACUUUUCAAAGUAGAAGAAGAGAACAUGAAGCUGCAGCUGCUUUAACAGAGCUUCCCAAUGCAGGUUGGGUGAAUCAGAAUAAGCACACCUGCUCAAGUCAUCAGAAAAUCGACAAAGUGAAGUCCUUUAGAACACUGGUCAUGACAAGCAUGCCAACUGAGAAGCAGCACUUGGUGGUUCAGGUGGUGAAAGCACUGGGUGGCUUUUCUAUUACCAAUCGAGUUUGCAAGAGCACAACUCACGUGGUUUCCGGGCAACACAGGCGGACGCUCAAUGUUUUGUUGGGAAUUGCUCGUGGCUGCUGGAUCCUCUCAUUUGAAUGGAUUCUGUGGUGUUUGGAGCAAAGGCAGUGGCUUCCAGAGGAACCAUAUGAACUUUCAGAGGUGUUUCCGGCAGCGCAGAUCUGUCGUCUCCAAAGGCACCUAUCUGCUGGUGUGCACCAGCAGGACCUGUUCCAGGACCAGCCGACCAUGUUUGUGUCCCAGCAUUCCCAGCCACCUGCUCCCAGUCUGGUCGAGCUGAUCCAGCUCUGCGGGGGGACAGUCUGUAAAACGGUGCGUCAGGCAGGAAUCUGCAUAGGGAAGUACAGCGGCAGGAGACCAGAGGGAAGCAGGAUCCUGUCUGAGCAGUGGGUGCUUGACAGCAUCACACAUCUGAAGCAACUUUCCUAUGAUAAUUACGACUUGGAGUAAAGACUACUGAUUACGGCGAAUAUACAGCUUCACAUUAACACUCAUAAAGGUUCUUUUUUUGGAAAUGUGUGCAGAGUAAACACAACUCUCUGAAUGUUUUACCCUUCGAUGACUUUAUGUUGCUGCUUACACAUGGAAAACAAUAGUCUCAGUAGUUUUAACCUUUGAACUGUCAUUUUUUACAUGAUAGGAGAAGCCAGAUUCUCUGACCUGUAGCAAAUGUUUUUUUUCCAAAUGCGUACUAAGCCAGUUCACUCGACUGCAGCUCACCUACUCUGACCCUUCUAAUGUCAUCGUUAAUAAAUAGCUUUUCAAAUGUUUUUUCUUUCCUGUCACAAGGGUAUUUAAACCAAUAGAACAAGUUCAUCAAAGUCUGUGUUGUUAUGAUAAGAAACUACUGUGUCAGAAAGUGGUGCAGCCUCUGAAUGAUGAGUGUACAAUGUUGCAACAGUGUGAAAUCAACCACCCUGUCAGAAUGAAAAAUGAACUUGGUGUAAACUGAUAAGUUGAGAAAACUGAGAAAUUUGAAAAACGUUUUUGGGUCAACACUUGUUAUUCAUAAAAACAAUUCCAAAAGUAUACCUGACAUUAAUAACCCAACAUCUAUCCA